AGCAAUGUUCAGCUACAGUAAAUACACCAAUUUCACCUGGAGGGGAACCCUGAGGGACUGGGCUGAUGGCAUGCGCAGCGAGCGAUCGCGGCCCUGUAUGGCUACCACAGCCGCCAGCGGGCUGGAGGUGCUCCUCUCCACCCUGCAGGAUGCUGGUGAUGUUGAGAGCACUCUCAAUAUCCUCAGCGUUUUGGAUGAGCUUCUGUCGGCUGGCACGGACAGGCGGAUCCACUACAUGAUCUCGAAAGGUGGCAGUGAGGCUCUGCUCUCGGCCUUGGUGAACACGGCCAGGUCCUUCUCCCCCAACUACACCAUCCUGCUGCCCCUCCUACACCUGCUGGCAAAGGUGGGGCAGAGAGACAGGAGGAUCGGCCUGAAAGCGGAGAAUGCAGACGCAGUGCUCCUGACCUUGAGCCUGCUCCGGCAGAACCUGGAGCAGCCGCGCAGAGCGGCCGCCUGCCUCUGGGUCCUCAGGGUCUUCUGCUCCUCAGUUUCCACAGCUGUCCUGCUUGGAAAUAACCGAUGCCUGGACGUCGUUUUCAAGCUGAUAUCACCCUACACGACGAAGCACACACGCACGGUGAAGGCAGCAAUAGAUGCACUUGGUGCACUUCUAGAUUCAAAGGCGAACAGCCGGAGCGCGGUGGCGAAGGGCUACGUGUCCAGCCUGCUGCAGCUGUAUAAGGACUGGCACAGCAAGGACGUGGGAGACGCCCACCUGCCCAUCCGCCAGGCCCUUCUGCACUGCCUGCACCAGGCCACCAACACCAGCGAGGGCCUGGAGGCCCUGGGGGCAGCGGGGGGCAUCGCCGUGCUCUUCAGCACCAUGCAGACGUGUCUGGCCAGUAAAGGUCUGCAAUCCCUGGUCGAUUCCUCCAUUCAGCUGAUGAGGAAGUGCUACCCAAGUCAACCUGUCCCACUGCCCUCAGAUCAGAGCGCCUACAUCUUUCCGCUGCUUGGGGGCCCUGCUUUGCCCUCAGACACUGACCCAGGCACCCAGGAUGACACCUUGGAGGAGGAUGACAGUGAUGACAGCAAGAACGAGGACCCCAGCAGCAGUGAGAACCUCGCCCAGGUUCCCCACCUGCAGCUGGUAGGGGCAAUGUUCAUCAUCAUGGCUGUCCUCAAGAACAAAACCGCGAAGAAUGACGACCUGGAGACCGACCUGGCCAAACUGCAGGAGCGACCGCCGCCCGACAGACCCCUGGAGCUGCUGGGUCAGUACACACAGCUGUGUCCAGAGCUGCACCACGACUUCCAGGAUUUGGACACAGACUCGGAGGAGGUGGAGGGGGAGGACUCAGAUGAGGAGAAAGGCUUUUCACGGGGGAGGGGCCCGGUCGGGAGGGGGUCUCUGGGUCACUGGCAGGGGAACGGGGGCUCCCAGUGUGGCCCCCCCCUGGAGAAGCAGACCCCUCCCAGGGAAGCGCCGCCUCCCCCUGCCCAGAGAGCAGGAGGGCCCGCUGGGGCCCAGCUCAGAGCCCAGGACCUCCUCAGCAGCUUCCUGCGCCCCCACGGUGCCGGGCAGGACAGCCACAGCGCGUUGGACAGGCUGCUGGAGAUGCACCGGCCCUGCAUCCCGCACCACGACCCCCGCAUCUACGCCUCCAUCGCCCCCCACACAAAGUCUGUGGCUGGCUUCUUCACCCUGGCCUUCCCAGACCUCUGGGGCCACCUCCCACCACAGGGACAGGAACCAAUGGCAGGCCGGAAGCCAAAUGUACAGAGAAAGAAAGUGUUUGAGGACAUCCAGCGCCUAUUGUGUCCCGAGGACAUCAUUGACAAGAUUGUGUUUGACAUGGAGGAUGCCAGCCCUGUCUGUCCCUCAGGACCCCCUGACUCCCUGCACUUCUACUCCAAGUUUGAAUCCGGAAACCUGCGCAAAGCCAUCCACGUUCGCAGAUACGAGUAUGACCUCAUCCUGAACGCAGAUGUGAAUUGUUCUCAGCACCUCCAGUGGUUCUACUUCGAGGUCAGCAGGAUGCAAGCCAACGUCCCCUACCGCUUCAACAUCAUAAACUGCGAGAAGGCCAACAGCCAGUUCAACUACGGGAUGCAGCCGGUGCUGUACUCUGUGCAAGAGGCCCUGGAGGGACGUCCUCGCUGGGUCCGAGCCGGCUCUGAGAUCUGCUACUACAGAAACAAUUUCUGCCCCAGCCAACAGAGAGGCCCCACCUUCUACACCCUCACCUUCACUGUGACCUUCCAGCACAGCGACGACGUGUGCUACCUGGCCUACCAUUACCCCUACACAUACUCCACCCUGCAGACCCACCUGCAGGUGCUGGAGGGGGGGGUGGACUCGCGAAAGGUGUUCUUCCGAAAGCAGGACCUGUGUGACUCGCUGGCUGGGAACCCCUGUCCCCUGGUCACCAUCACAGGCUGCCCGCCGUCUCGCAGCUGGAAACACCUGCACGAGCUCCGCAAGCGCCCCUGCGUGGUUCUGACGGGGCGAGUGCACCCGGGUGAGAGCAAUGCCAGCUGGGUAAUGAAAGGCACCCUGGACUUCCUGUGCAGCAGUGACCCCGUGGCGGAGAGCCUGCGGGAGGCCUACAUCUUCAAGAUCGUCCCCAUGCUGAACCCCGACGGGGUCAUCAACGGCACACACCGCUGCUCCCUGAGCGGAGGAGACCUCAACAGGCAGUGGAUAAAACCCGACCCCAUCCUGAGCCCCACCAUCUACCACACCAAGGGCCUCCUCUACUACCUCAACAGCAUUGGCCGCACCCCGCUGGUAUUCUGCGAUUACCACGGUCACUCCCGGAAGAAGAACGUCUUUCUGUACGGCUGCAGUAUAAAGGAAACCCUGUGGCAGGCAGGAUCUCCGGUCAACACAGCCACGCUGAAGGAGGACCCGGGACAUAGGACAAUCCCGAAAACCCUGGACCGCAUUGCACCAGCUUUCUCCUUCAACAGCUGCAGCUACCUGGUGGAGAAGUCCCGGGCGGCGACGGCGAGGGUGGUGGUGUGGCGAGAGAUGGGGGUGGCGAAGAGCUACACCAUGGAGAGCACCUACAACGGCUGCGACCAGGGGAUCUACAAGGGCCUGCAGAUUGGCACCCGGGAGCUGGAGGAGAUGGGUCUGAAGUUCUGCCAGAGCCUGCUGCCCCUGAGGAUCAACUCCCUGCUCUGCAGCCGAAAACUCCUCGGCCACGCCUCUGCUCUCCUCCAGCUGGAUGACAGCCCCCUGGACCACAAGUCCCACGACUGCUUCGAGGACGAUGAGCCUCCCUGUGCAGAGGAGAUCGAGUACCUGAACGACAACUACCUUCGCCACAGCAGCGACGAGCUGGACGCCGAGGUGGACGGGAAUGUAUCCAGCUCUGAGGAAGAUGAGGAUGAGGAAGAGGAAGAGGAGGCGGAAGAGGAAGAACAACCCAGGAACGGCCUGCAACAUUCUGACAGGAAGUCCCGCCUCAUCACGGGGGUGACACAUAAAGACUGUGUAAAUGCUGUGAGCCUGAGGAGGAACCCGUGCAAUGGUGUGGACACGACCAACGGGCAGUACCUCAGCUAGUGACUGCAUCCGUACUUCUGGUC